AUACUUAUGUCUAUGACACAGAUACAGACGUUCCGAUAUAUUUCAGUCCCGUUGACAUCCGACAUUGAGGUUAAGACGUGUUCAAAAUUUAAAAAUUGUGACAGAAUUGUGAAAAAUAUUCUAAAUGGCAUACACCACGAGACUGCUCGUGACGACCGGCAAGUUUCUGAAGAACGGUUCUCUGCUGAUGAGAUUCUCUAGCUCAUGGUGGUCCCAUGUAGAGAUGGGACCACCAGAUGCCAUUUUGGGAGUCACUGAAGCAUUCAAGAGGGAUCAAAAUCCCAAAAAAAUCAACUUAGGUGUUGGCGCUUAUAGGGAUGACAAUGGCAAACCAUAUGUUCUUCCUAGUGUUCGUAAGGCGUAAAGCUGCCAUUACAUGGCAGCAUCGAGCAUCGAACGUCUGCAUCUGCACAGAAAUCAUUGCGCAGGCAGAAGAAAAAAUUCGAAUUAAAGAAAUGGAUAAAGAAUAUUCCACAAUCUCUGGCAAUGCUGAAUUUUGUGAACACAGUAUUAAUUUGGCUCUUGGGAAAGGAAAUGAAGUUGUUACAAAUGGAUUGAAUGCAACGAUUCAAGGGAUCUCUGGUACUGGUUCUUUGUUUGUCGGAGCACAAUUUUUAUCUCACCAUUUUCCUGAUAAUAAGGAAAUUUAUCUUCCAAUUCCUUCAUGGGGAAAUCAUAAUCCUCUAUUUAGGCUUGCUGGACUUACAGUCAAGUCUUAUCGUUACUAUAAUCCAAAAACUUGCGGUUUGGAUUUUAAAGGAGUAGUGGAAGAUAUAUCUAACAUUCCUGAGAGAUCGAUUAUUCUUUUGCAUGCAUGUGCUCAUAAUCCCACUGGUGUUGAUCCUAAACCAGAUCAGUGGGCACAAUUGUCCACUCUGAUCAAGAAAAAAAAUCUGUUUCCAUUUUUUGAUAUGGCAUAUCAAGGCUUUGCCUCAGGGGAUCUUACAAGGGAUGCCUUUGCAGUCAGAUUGUUUAUUAAAGAGGGGCACAAUAUCGCUUUGGCUCAAUCUUAUGCAAAGAAUAUGGGUCUCUAUGGUGAACGCGUUGGAGCGUUUAGUUUGAUUACAUCCAGCAAGGACGAGGCUGCGCGCACUUUGUCGCAAUUGAAGAUUCUAAUCAGACCAAUGUAUUCGAAUCCGCCAAUCUAUGGAGCUCGUAUAGUUAAUGAAAUUCUCGGCAAUUCGGAAUUGCAAAAAGAAUGGUUACACGACGUUAAGAAUAUGGCCGAUCGCAUCAUUUCAGUUCGCACGAAGCUUAGGGACCAUUUGAAGAAAAACGGCAGCACUCGCGAUUGGUCCCACAUUACCGAUCAAAUCGGAAUGUUUUGUUAUACCGGCUUGAAACCGAAUGAGGUAAUUUCUUUUUUCGAUUAAAAUAGUACUAUAGAU